UCCGGUGACAAGUUGCGAGAAGAGCGACAGGAGGAACAGGAUGAGGAGCGGGAGGGUACAGUGGACGAUGAAGCAGAGGAUGAAGAGGAAGAAGAGGAUGAAGAUGAGGAGGAGGACGAAGAUGAGGAUCAGGUCGACUCGUACGGAGCGCACCGAUCCAGGCUCGGGAAAAUCGAGGCCGUGAACGAGCAGUCUUGUGCCAAACGAUAG